CACUGACACUUGGUAGCUGCAAUGGCCCCUUCUACAAAGGGGAAACAAAUGCAUGGGGGCACAGGGACCCCAGCCUCCUAUCAGUACAGUGUGAAGGUCAGACUGAAGGAGUCAGGGGAGAGAUUCACAGUGUCCAGGUGUAAUCAUCACAUGGAGUUUGCAGAAUUGAAGGACAGGUUGGAGUUGGUGGCAGGGAUCCCAGUCCAUUUACAGAGGCUGUCCUACAUCGAUGAAGGGGAUAUUCCUGAUACGUCUACCUUUAAAAGUAACGGAAUUAUUCCGGGAGGAACGAUCUCUCUCAGCGUUUGGUACCAUGAUGGGUGGAGCGAUAUUGUGAAAGCAGCAACAAAAGGAGAUUUGCCACAGCUGAAAUGUUUGGGAGUCACUCCUGAUUCAUCCUUCAACACUCCGAAUUCCUUGAGGUUAGACUUUGAACAGAAACAGGAAUGGAUAGCUUCAAGAGCAAGUGUGGCCCUCUACAUUGCUGCCCACCGAGGCCACCUGGGUAUGGUACGAUACCUAUUGAAGAAUGGUGCCAACAUACUUGCCAAAACCCCACUGGGGAACAGCGCUUUGCACGUGGCAGCAGCUAUGGGAAACGUUGACUGCAUUACGGAACUUUUAGCCUAUGGCGCUCAAACCAAAGACACUAAUAACGAAGGGCUCACGGCACUGAACCUGGCAAGCAUUUGGGGACAAAAAAAGGUUGAACGCCAUUUAUUCCUUUUCCAGUGGAAAGAGAGAGCAGCAAGCGUGAAAAUUAAGGCACAUCUGGAUCCAUCUGAGCUUUUCGCUCAUCAGAAGUUUGAUUCGAAGCUAAAAUCCUGGCGAUGUGGCUCUCAAGCCAAACGUUACAUGGCCAAUCUGGUACAUCACAAAGACUUUGAAGGUACAGCGAUUGACGCUCCCAGAAAACAGACUGAUGAAAAAAGAAUGGCAAAGCAUAGAUUCGCAUAGUCAAAGGAAAUACCACCAAACUCCAAUCCGACAGAUUGUAGUAGAACCGAAGACAUACCUCAAAAGGACAGAAUGUUUUACAGUAAAUAUUUCACCACAGCCACACCACGUUCAAGCCAUAGAACAUAGAAACAUGUUGCAUCGUUUUAAAAC